AUGGCGUCGACUAAUCUGAAGGCGACGAUGAUCUUGUUGUUGUUGACACUGUCCAUGACUUUGGAGGGAAGUACUCCAAUUUCGACCUGCGUUACAUUGUACAACAACGGCAAGACGAACCAGGAAUGGGAAAGAACAAGUACACAAUGUCCCAGCGAGUCUGAAGUCAUAGCAAGGACAUCGCGCGGCCUUUUGAUUUCUUCUUUCAGCCGCGUCAUCCUUCGAGGAGGGAAAAAGAAUGCGGUAGGGCUCAACAAGUACGGAUCAUGGAACAUCGGGGGGAAGUGGUCCAAGGGAGAUAGGAAGAUCAAGCUGCUACGAACCCCCGAUGGGUUCACUUUCAGCAGGUCGCAGAUGAGGAGGCAGAAGAGGAAGUGGAAGCAGGAGUACGGCGAUGCAGCGAAGGAGAUCGCGGAGAGAGAAAAGAAGCAGAGGAAAGGAGGAGAGGGAGGGGCAGUUUCUGAGGAGUUCGAGCGCACGCAGGAAGAGAAUGCGAUGGAGGAGGAAACCUUCACUCCAGAGGGUCUGAUGGAGAAAGUGAAUCAGCUUCGAAAGAGGCUGAACAUGACGUCGUCUCCUGAAGACGACCAUGAAGCGUUACGGGCAUUGAAGAAGGAACAGGCCAGUCAGAGUCAGAGUCAGAGUCAGAGUCAGAGUCAGAGUCAGAAAUCUACAAAGGAUGGGAAUCUGGAUCAGAUGGCAAAGGCGAUCUUCAAGGAAGAGUUCUGCAAGGGGGCAGCGGAAGGAGAUCCUGGGGCAUGCUUCAUCGUCUCGGGCGCAGGAUCGAGCGAGGUGAACGGCAUGUAUGAGAGGGAUCGUCGCGACCUGUUCACAGACACGGCAAGAUACAAGAUGAAGUCAAGUGAAGGGACUUUCACCCUGCUGUUCGUCAAGGAUGAAGCAAGGGGUCAAGUGAAAGGGAAGGGCAAGGGGGCGAGGAGGAUGGGGAGAUGGGUUAUCUUUUGCAACAGCGCUGGUGUGAAGAGAGAAAGGCCUUACUAUCAAGCGUUUGGAAGUCUAGAAGAGGCGACUUCGAGCCCAUGGGCAUGUGUCGUCGGGAAACAACCAGCACCAUCGUUGGUGAAAGAGAAAAAUCCAUCACGAGCGUUGAGGGAACAGAUGAAGACUGCGAAAAAUAAGGAUGAUGACGAGGACGAGGAGGUGGAGAAAGAUCCGUGGCAGGACCUUGCUGAAUAUGUCACUUCGGAGAUGAAAGCGUCUAGUACACAGAUGGAUCGUCCCGUCAAGAAGCGGAGCAAGGAGGAGGAGGAGGAGUUGAGGGAAUGGGAGGAAGAAGAGCAGGACAAGGAGGAAGAUAUCCAGGACAAGAGCCUCAGCGAGGAUAUGGAGGAGCUGGAAAAGGCUCUAAGAGAGGAUGCGGAUGAUUGCAGGGGGUUUGAAGUGGACAAGUCCAUCGGGUUUGAAGGAAACGUUGGGUUCGAGGAAUCGAAGGAUCUGCUUAUGAUUCCU